AAUGCAGCUUUUAGGUUUAUAGUCACUUAUAGUCACUUAAAAACUUAGGAAGCUGUCCACUAAGACGGCAUUUCUAGGAGAUAUGAUGCCUAAAAAUGCUGACUGGUGCACGCCUAGGGGGACGUUCACACCGGCCGCGUAAGUUUUUCGUCUAUACGCAUGCGUCAGUCUUGCGUCGCGUCUCGAGCGUUUUUCGUCAAGCGAAAAACUUUUGAAAAAGCACCUCGAGAUCCCUCUAUUCUGCUCCGUUGCACCGUUUAGAGCAUUUAAACACAAGAACGCUUGCGUCUUUGCCUCAAACCGCUCUCUAAGUAGGCAGCUGGUUUAGGUUUUGAGACAGCGCAUAGCCAAUUCACAGAGUUCAAGAAGGACUUUCCUGAAUUGCAGGUAGAUCGGUCUGAAGCCAGGGGGGAAAUGAUGUGAAGAUAGAUGCACAGAUAAAUCUGGAUUUUUUUUUCCGGGGGGCGACCUCUGAGAAAACUUCUACAGGAGAUAGAAGUUAGUUCAGAUCCAGUUCGGCUCAGGGAGGAAAAUGGAUCGUGUUUCGUUUUACUGACCCCGUACAGGUGUGUCGACGAAUGCAGGAGACAUGGGGUGCUGUUGGAGAUGGUGGUAUACGACGUGCACCUGUUGCAUGUCUGAAGAUGAGAAGAGUGCCGUGGCCGUUCACAAUGAAAUCAAAAGAAUCCUUGCUGACCAGAAGAAAAGAGAACGGAGAGAAAUCAAAAUACUUUUAUUAGGCACUGGAGAAAGCGGGAAGACGACUUUUAUUAAGCAGAUGAGGAUUAUUCAUGGCAAGGGCUUUUCGGAAGAAGAUAGGCGUGGCUACACUAAAAUGGUUUUCCAGAAUAUCUUCACAGCUAUGAAGGCUCUGACAGUGGCGAUGAACACCUUAAGGAUUCCCUACUCCAACCCACAGAACGAGGUAUAUGGGCAACAGUUUCAGGGAGUGGAAGUAUGUCAGAUAACACAUUUGGACAGAAUGUAUGUGGCAGCUAUCCAUAAACUUUGGGCUGACGAUGGUAUCAAGACCUGUUACGGUCGCCGUAGAGAGUAUCAGCUUCUGGACUCGACAGAAUACUAUAUGACAAAUUUGGAGCGUAUUGCGGCGCCAGACUACAUCCCAACAGCCCAGGAUGUGCUGCGAGUCCGAUUCCCCACCACAGGCAUCAACGAUUACACCUUCAGCGUGGAAAAGAUAACCCUCAGGAUUGUAGAUGUUGGUGGCCAGAAGUCAGAAAGGCGGAAGUGGAUCCAUUGCUUUGAGAAUGUGACAUCGCUCAUAUUUUUAGCCUCCCUCAGUGAGUUUGACCAGGUGCUGGAGGAAAAUAACAUGGAGAACCGUAUGAAAGAGAGCUUGUCGCUCUUCUACACCACCAUCCACUCGCCGUGGUUCGCCAACGCCUCCAUCAUCCUCUUCCUAAACAAGAUGGACAUCCUGGAAGAGAAGAUUAAGACGUCUGACUUAAAAACUUACUUCCCUGGCUUUGAAGGCAAACAGCGGGACGCAAGAGACGCCAAGAACUACAUCAGAGAGAUGUAUAAACAGAAGGCCGUGCAUUCAGAGUCAAGGGAGUGCAAAAACAUCUACCCUCACUUCACCUGCGCAACGGACACCAAUAACAUCCGGAUGGUUUUCACAGACGUGAAAGACACGGUCCUCAUCAAAUCUUUGCAGGAGUACGGGGUGCUUUGAGCGGCCCAGUUUUUGCCAAUCUAAUAAUGACUUUGGAGAGACGCACAAAGGAUGGCUUGAAUGAAUUUUUCUUGUGCAUCCCCUAUAGUUUUCUUUGUCUUUCUCUCCAUCUUUUCUUAUAUACCUACGUCUUGUUUGUCUCGCCAUUUUGGUGGAUAAAAACAGCAUGUUCUUAAGGUAUGACACACUUGCCCCUCAUUCCAACCCUGACAGUCUGCUUAAAGUGACAUCACUCUGAAAGUAUGAGGAUUUACAGCUAAACGGCUGACAGAUUUUCAAUGAGUUCUGGUUUCGAGGGGGAGGAGGUGAAAAGAAUUCAACACCGUAGCUGCCAGCUAGACUGACCUGAUAAUUGACUUUACUGAACACUUAAAUAGACCAAGAGUCAGUGCACUGCUUUCUUAGUAAUAUUUCUACGGAGCCCCCCUAGUCCCACUUUGGCAAAAAAAAAAAUAAUUAUAACUAUCUUGUGGCCUCAAGAUAGUAAC